GCAAUCAUAUGACAAGGAAAUAGUAACGUUGGAAGAGCUGACCGGUAGUGUUCGUCAUGGCUGAUUCAGUAACUUUGUGCUUGUUUGAUGUGGAUGGCACAUUAACAACUCCUAGACAGAAAGUAACUACUGAAAUGGCGGACUUUCUGCACAACCUGAGGAAAAAAGUGAAAGUUGGAGUUGUUGGUGGCUCAGAUUUUGACAAAAUUAAAGAGCAAUUGGGUGAAGAUGUGGUUGAGAAGUUUGACUAUGUGUUUGCAGAAAAUGGUCUUGUAGCCUACAGAGAUGGGACAUUUCUUUGUAAGCAGAGCAUUCAUGCCCAUUUGGGAGAAGAUUUACUACAAGAGUUGAUCAAUUAUUGUCUAAGCUACAUUGCAAAGCUCAAACUACCAAAGAAAAGGGGCACAUUUAUUGAAUUUCGAAAUGGAAUGCUGAAUGUUUCACCAAUUGGAAGAAAUUGCACUCAGGAAGAAAGAAUUGAAUUCAAUGAAUUGGAUGAAAAAGAACAUUUUAGAGAAACGUUUGUGGCAGAAUUGCAGAAACAAUUUGUGGGAAAAGGUCUCACAUUUUCCAUAGGAGGACAGAUAAGUUUUGAUGUUUUUCCAAUUGGCUGGGAUAAGACUUACUGCCUGGAUAUCCUAGACAAGGAUGGCUUUUCAAAAAUAUACUUCUUUGGGGAUAAAACUUUGCAGGGAGGAAAUGACUACGAAAUCUACACUGAUCCAAGAACAAUUGGAUAUUCUGUGACAUCUCCCAGUGACACAAUGAGACUCUGUAAAGAAUUAUUUUUUCAAUAAACAUUCAUUCUUUA